UGCAAUUCAAUAUCUGCAGCCGACACUGCAACACAAUACUGCUGAAACCGGCAUGAUGCCGAGUAAAGACGUUGGCGGCCGGACAAUCUGGAUAUCACACAUGGCGGAUACUGAUGAGCCAAGAAACGGUCGUGUGCAUAGCCGUUGUUGGUUAUUCACCAGGCACAUGGUGUCUUUUUCCAUUGCCGCAGAUCCACUGUGGCAGAGAUAGGAGAUCCUGGCCCUUCCAAAGAAACAUGUUUGCUGUCAUUAUUCGGCCGAAGCCAAACUCGGAAUUCAGCCAAGAGGGCUGACACGAACUGAGCAGGGUUCGGGACGAGAUUAUGCA